AUGCUAGUGAACAAUGUACCGACGAUAAAUUUCCAACUGAAAACUAGUCGACAUGGGGAUGAGUGGUGUUACGACAUGCUAAGCAUCAUAUGGAUAAUCUCUCGUCAAGGAUUUUAUGUGUAUCCACGAGCUACCCAAUGGCAAGUAGAUAUAGGAUUAAUUGAUCCUUGGUUAACUUUUGUGUUUUGUUCAUUAGACUUUUGUUUCUUUGGUUUAGAAUAUUGUACAAACCUUCGAAAUCGAAUUGAUUGGUCAAAGUCACCAUCAUCUGAUAUUUUAUCUCUAUUUCUUUUGUUUCUGCAGAUAUACAAAUCGAGGACUCAUACGAUUCUUUUAGUUUAUGACCAUCUUAUUUUUCAAUUGCUGCUUCGUCAUAUUUUUCUUUUCUUCUCAACAUUAAUAUUUAGUAGAGCUGCUGAAAAGCACGUCAGAAUUAUUGACACAAUGUCUAAAAUCCUCGAUCAAGACGACAACUACACGUAUGAGAUAUUACAAGACAAAGAUUGUGUCGAAUGUGCAACUUUUCUUGCUCAUACAUUCACCAAGGAUAAUCCGUACGAAAUUUUUAUGAAAACAACCUUCGAACAAUUUUUUCCGGAUGCACUUGCACUGUGUCAAGGUAUUGUCAGUACAAAUCUAUCUGUCAUUGCACGUCAUAAACAAACAAAUCAAAUCGAUGGUAUUAUACAAGGCAUUGAUCUAAAUACUCCCGAUGAUGAAGAAGAUUCAACAGCUGAUACCGACGCCGGUGGAGAGAAGCGAGCAGAUCCAAUUCUGCAAUUGAUACAUCAAUCUAAAGAAGAUUAUAUAAAAGAAUACGAAAAAACACAUGGUGAAUUGAAACAAAAUUCAGUUGCACACAUACUCAUGGUUGGUGUACGAUCAGAUUGUCAUGGAAAAGGUAAAUUUUUUCGGCAGAAUCGUUCGAGUCACAAUAACUUGGAAUGUAGAACUCUAAUCUACAGUCAAUUUUAUUAACAGGCCUGGCUUCAAAAUUGAAUCAAGUCUUUCUUGAUCAUAUUCGUCGUCAAGGAUUUAAACACGUGAUUGUUGAUACAACAAGCGCAGCUAUCCAGCAUAUAUAUGUAACGAAACUGAAAG